GCGUAGGUAGCUAAUCAGGUACCUAUUAAGUUCGGGCCGCAAACACGAAAUAGUGAAACGUAGCCGUAGAUGAUAUGGCAGGAAGCAUCCUAUUACGUCGACAUGGGGCUGAGUAAUUUAGAAACCAGAAGUGCUUAAGGUUUGAGGUGUCUGUCAGGAAUCUAUUCAGAGUAUGGAGGUUCUCGGUACCGUUGCAGCCGCAGGGCAGCUCUUUGGAACAUCUGUUAAAAUCCUCGAAUUGAUUGGAGAACUUCGAGAGUUCCUAAAGAAUGCCCAGGGCAAAUGCGAAGGAUGGCUUGCCCAGCUGACGGCCCUGGAUAAUGCAAUUUCUGAUAUCCGACAAAACCCGACAUUAGACACGAAAAACAUACUGCUUAUCAUAGAGGCGAUGCACCCGAAGCUUAAUCAGCUAGGCAUUCUCUUACCCCGUUAUAGCCCAGUCAGCAGUCCGGGACCAAAGAUAAGAUUCGCUACAAGAAUGAGGGGUGCGCUAUUAGCCAGAACAGUCGAAGCCCGAAUCACUCAACUUUUCCAAUCGCUAGAACACGAUAAAACCACACUUAUCUUAACGAUUGCCAACCUUAACAGAUCGAAGAUAGAGCAAGAUAAACUCAAAUCCGUAAAGGAAGAUACAAAGGAAGAUACGCAUACUACGGCCCAAGAGGUAUCUAGUCCGAACAGACCGCCCCAUCAUAUAAAAAUGAACCGAGGACAAUCUAGCCAAGAUCAAAAUAAUCGUGCUGCCGAGGCAGAUCAAACCCAAUCCCCUAGUGUCACGUCUCCUAUGAGUAGCACUGUUUUUGAGCAUGUCGACGUUGAAGGAAACGAUUGGACUCUGGCCAAUUGCAAAGAAAGUAACAUGACAGCGAAGAAUAUUAAGGGCCGGGGCAAUCGCCUCUGGCUUGGGGUUUACAGUGACGAAGUGAUGCUAGCACAUGCACGAUCUGCACCAAGCAAUAACCAAACAACCCAGAACGUCCAGAACUCUACGAAUAAUAACUCAAUGCCCACACCGAAGGCCACACCGAAGGCCACACCGAAGGCCAUACUGAAGGCCACGGUGCCGCUCCCGGUAUCUCCCCCGGAAUCGCCCACGGAUGACACAAUUCAGCCUCCAGCAAAAGGCUCAAGAAUCGGAAGAUUCUAAAUCGCGUUUUUCCGUAUAUGGAAAGAUAUAUUUCGCGAUUGAUACGUUGAUACGGUGAACCGGAUAUGAUAUAGUGUGUCAGAAUAUAAGUGUGUUAGGGGUAGAUUCAGGGGUGUAUAUAUUAUAUAUGAUGAUGAUGAUGAGAACGUUUAUGUCUAUUAGGGCUAUAUAUGUUGGAAUAUGGGGAAUAGCCAAUUAUGUAAGCUAGUCACGUGCCACCGCGUGCGUGGGGCUAAGCCUAAAAGGGUUUACCUUUUAGGCUAACCCACACACACACAACUCAACAAUAGACAACAACAGAUCGUGAUAGCCUCAUUUCAGUAUUGUGU